AUGUCAGAACAACAUGUGGAGGCAGGACCUCAAAGAUACAAGAGUGAAUACACCAUGGACCCCGAGAAUUUAGAGGAAGAGUUGGCUAAAGUGCCACUCUUUAUGAGCGACUUACCCGCCGAAGAAAACGAUACUUUAGCGGCCCUCCAGUCGCUUGUUUUUGACGGCACACCCGAAGAGGUGGCAUUAAAUUUCAAAGAACAAGGCAACGACUGUUUCCGUGCAGGUAAAGCUAAAUAUCCCGACGCCAUCAUCUUUUACUCCAAAGCCAUCGACACGGAGUGUAAAGACAGCUCCAUCAUUGAAGCCUGUUUAGCCAACAGAGCAGCGUGUAACCUCGAAUUAAAAAACUAUGGUCGCGUCUUGACAGAUUGUUCCAAGUGCCUCAAGAUCAAUCCCAAAAACGUCAAAGCUCUUUAUCGAUCGGCCAGAGCGUUGCUUGCAUUAGACAAGUUAGUGGAAACGAUUGAUUGUUGUGAUCAUGCACUUACUGUUGACGCAGAAAAUAAAAAUAUCAAAGACAUACGUGAAAAGGCAUUGAAACGUAAGAACGAGAUUGAUGAAAAGAUUCGACAAAAGGAAGAACGUGAGGAACGAGAACGCAAUAAGAAGGCGAUAUUGGCAAAGGCAUUAGAGGAACGUAAGAUCAAGAUGGAAAUUGUAGAUAAAGACGUGUAUGAAAAGGCUGCUAUUGAAUUCGAUCAUGAGACGCAAACAUUGAACUGGCCCGUUUUCUUUUUAUAUCCCGAAUAUAAAGAAAGUGAUUAUAUCCAACAGUUCAACGAGACACACACUUUCUACGAUCAUUUACAAGUCAUGUUUGAACAACCUGCACCAUGGGAUGCUCGUAGAGAAUACAAUGCCGAUUCUGUGGAGGUUUAUUUCGAGGACACACGUGGAUUAAACCCUAAACUCAUCAAGAUUGGUAAGAAAUUACCCUUAGGAAAGAUCUUGUCGUUAGAACAAUACACUGUUAAAAAUGGUGUACCCUCCUUUAUCAUCAUGCCAAAGAACUCUUCCUUUAAACAAGAAUUUAUUGAUAAAUUUAAGAAAUAA